GCUGUCACGGGAAGCUGUACACAUUGUGGUUUUAUUGAAGGAGAUGAUGAAGUAAAAUGUCUGAGAUGUGAGGAUUCUUGGUUCCUAAACGAAGCAAAAUGUGCCAAGUGUCCCGAAAAUUGUUUAUCGUGUUUAUCAAAAAAUUUGUGCACACAAUGUAAAAAUAAUCUAUUCUAUGGUGUAAUGUGUGAAAAGCGAUGUCACGACGCUUGCAUACGUAAAGAAUGUGAUGUGAAUGGAACAUGUUUGUAUGGAUGUUCUAACGGUAAAUAUGGUAUUGAAUGUGACCAAAAUUGUCCUGAAGGUUGCAGAUUUUGCUACAGUGCGUCUGAAUGCUCGAAGUGUAAUGAUGGUUAUUACGGUGAAAUUUGUCAACAUCUUUGUCACGAUAAUUGUAAAGUGUGUCAUGAUAAUGUGAGCUGUGAUGCUUGCAAAAUGGGUUGGACUAAUCAAAGUAAAACAUGUAAGACUAGCAAAUUAGGAUGUUCAGAUGUUCCUCAUAUCUGUGCUUUCUGUGAUCACGGAUUCUAUGGAAAUCAGUGUGAGGAGAAAUGUGAACACUGUAUAAAUGCAACAUGUGAUGACGUAGGAAAAUGUGACAUAGCCUGUAAACCAAAUACCAACGCUACAAAGUGUGAAGCAUUAAAAGGAUCUGAUGGCACCGAUCCUUCACCAGAAUUCUUGAUUAUCGCAAUUGUACUACUUCUUGUCACUCUUAUAACAGCCGUUAUUGUCAUUAUAUAUCUGAAAAUCAAAAGGAAGGUCAGAAGGGUCAAACCACAAGAAGAUCAACUGACUGUGCACUUGAGAAAUGGUCUUGUCGCUGAAAACAAUGAAUUAUCAUUGUAUAAUAUUCGUGGAUCCCAGGCCCUUCUAACAGAACUUGAUCCAGAGGAAGAUAUUGAGGAAAUCAUUGUUCCAGUGAUUGAAAACCACAACUACCUUAAUGUGAAAAUUUCGCGUAUUUUCGUUAACAGCCUCUGGGAAUUUACUCUAAAGAAUAAAGCCAACGAUUACCUCAAGGAAGAAUUCAGGGGCCUUCCUGAAGGGCUGUUGUUGGAGUGUAGAGUAGCAAAGAAAACAGGAAACAAAAAGCUAAACAGAUACAAGCAUAUUUAUCCUUAUGACACAACGAGAUUCGUUCUUAAUUUCGAAAACGGAAACAAGGCAGGGGAUUAUAUCAAUGCCUCUUAUGUGAACGGACUUGAAAAUCCCAGAGAAUAUAUAGCAGCCCAAGGUCCAUUUACUGACGAUACGAUAAAAGAUUUUUGGCGAAUGAUUUGGCAAUCAAAAGCAAACACAAUUAUUAUCUUAACAAACUUGGAAGAAAACAAAAUUAUGAAGUGCAAAAAGUACUGGCCAAAAUCUGAAAUCACUUAUGGAGAUUUUCACAUAGAGAUUGAAACAGAGGAGUCAUCGCCGCUGUUCACAGUCCGUCGUUUCAACCUAAAUAAGGAAGGUGAAGAAAGAACAAUAGAGCAAUUUCAUUUUACGGCCUGGCCAGAUAAAGGUGUCCCCAAAGACGUGAAUUCAAUCUUAGAAUUCAGGAACCGAUUUAUUCGUAAGACAGAUAUAUCGGGACCCCUUGUAGUACACUGCAGUGCGGGGAUUGGUCGGACGGGUAGCUUUAUAGCUAUAGACUACCUGAUAAAACAGGGACAGCGGGACGGUAGUGUGGAUGUGGUCAGCUGUGUGUCCAGGCUCAGACAUCAGAGAGCUCACGCCAUACAAACAGUGGAACAGUAUAUUUAUUUAUAUGACGUCAUCACAAAAGAACUUACUGGACGUCAGAGUGCUCUACUCAAAGACGAAUUUAGAAACUACUUAAGUCAACUUAAGUCGGUCAAUCCAGGAACUGGAAAACAACACAUUGAAGAGGAAUUCCAGUUGAUCGAAAAACUAACUCCUACUUUUAAUGAAAAGCGGUACGGAAGUGCGAAAGCAGUGAACAACCUAUCAAAGAACAGGCAUAAUAAUGUUUUACCAGACGACAAUUACAGAUUAUAUUUAAGCAGAGGAGAUGGCGACUACAUCAAUGCUAUCCAGCUACCGGAUGCCCAGCGUCCUUUUGGUUAUAUCCUGACACAAACUCCUUUGCCGAAUACGGUGGGAGAUUUCCUUUCCUUAGUGGCGGAUCAUGAAGUCUUAAGUAUUGUAAUGUUUGAACAUGAUCAAGAAGAGACUGUAGGAGUUUACUUACCUUCUAAGGAAGGACCAAUUCUCUGUGACUCGUUUGAAUUAUUUCUACAUGAUCAAUCCGAAUUAGGUGACAUUGAUGUUUUAAACAUGAAAUUUUACGACAAACAGACAGAAGAUGCACGAUUUAUUAAUGUGUUUCGUGGUCAUUUCUGGAAACAAAAUCGUCUCGUUCCUGAAGAUCAUCAACCAAUGACAGACCUGAUAGAAGCUGUGUUAAAUCUCCGAAAAGAACAUAGCGGACAUCCCGUUCUGGUUCACUGCAUGAAUGGCGCCAAACAGAGCGGGAUGUUUUGUGUUUUGGCUAAUCUUGUUGAACAAAUACAGCUGUUUGGUACAGUUGACAUUCUGCAGACGGUAGUUAACAUGCGUCACCGACGAAUUCAAAUUGUUCCGUGUUUGGCACAACUGGAAUACAUCUACAAUUUUGUAGAAAACUACCUAAAAACUAUCGGAGAGAAUCGUUUUAAUGUCUAAAGACAGCACUUUUUUGUUUUGUUUUUGUUUUUGUUUUUUUUUUUGUUUUUGUUUUUUUGUUCUUUUUACCCCCAUCUUUUUGUCUGUUUGUGUAUUUUGUUAACUAGAAUCAAUUUCUUUUUGUAUAUUUAUUUAUUCCCUAUGUCUUCUUAAAAAUCACAAGGAAAACUUUGUGAAAUAGUUAUUGAAAAAGAAUCAACCACCUUAUUUUAUAAAGAAAGAGAAACAGCCAUCAUAUUGUUUAAAAAUAUAAAAC